AUGGAUGAUGAGUACUCUGCUUAUCAAACUGGAAUGAUGGUAAGCCUUCGGCAUUUAAAAGCAUUAUGAGCGGGCUGAUUGAGCAUAUAGGAAAGAUCUAUACCAAUAAAAUCUUUUCAAGCAUUGAAACUUUAAACAUUACAACUCAGACUGAGCCAAUUCAGGAAUACCAAAGCUUCAUAUCCUUCCUUUAUAUCCAUUCGAAUGUGAUUGAAAAGUUGGUUAUAAGAAAAAGACAAAUUGGAAAUCUAUUAGAGGCUGCAAUUGAUAUUGAACAUGAAGAACUUGUCAUAGAGAAUUAUAUGUCGCUUCAUGAAGAACACAUUUACUCAUUGGAGAAAAUACUUUAUCCCACGAUGGUUCUAACUCAUGCUAAAGAGAAAAUGAGCAUUUCUAGCUGUAAGUACAAGAAGCCAAUGUUGCAACAAGAGCCAAGAGAAGAGUACAAAGAUGGGUUUGACCCAGAGUAUAUGAUAGUUAACGAGUUCCAAUAUGCAGACCAGACCAACUUCAUUGUUGACUUCUUAAAGAUUACUAAACUUGAAAUUAAUGAUAUAAACCCGAACAUGUUGAUUGAUAAUGAUGAGAUCAAGAAGUUAAUUGAAAUCCCAACAUUGAAUGAACUCACCCUCAAUUAUGCUGGGUCGCAGGGACAACUCAAGAACAUCAACAUGAUCCUGGACAUUUAUAAACAUUGGGCCAAAAAGUCAGAAGCAAAUUCCUUGAAGUUUGGAUUUCAGCCUCAAGUCGAAGAUCCAGUCGACGAAGACAUUAAAAUGGCUGAUGAUAAUGAGACAACUUUCAUUACUCUUCACAACUGUAACAUCUGCUGCAUUGAUAAUGACUUUAAACGAAUGAUUAAUGCUCAUGAAAGAGAAGAGGAAUUUCAAAUUAAGUACAACACAAUGAAGAUCGACAAAAUUGAAAUUGAGUUUAUGAACAAAGAUGUUGUUAUUAAAGACAAACAACUGUUCAUUCAUGACUUUGUGUCAAUGCAAAUAACUUCGAAUAAGGAAGACUGUUUAAUGCAGAAAACUCAGGUUUGGGUCAACCAAGGAACACAAGGAAGCCUCAUCGUUAAGUAUAGAUCCUCCACUGGUUUGUCUCCGUACAUUAGCUUUGAAGAUAUUCAGAAAUACUCUCUUUAUAACAAUUACAGUGUUGAGGUUCAGAGUAUAGAAGACUUAGUUGAAAUGGCUGAAUUGCCCCAACUUCCUCUUGUCAAAGGUCUUAAGAUGAGUAGCGGAUUCAUCUUAUGGCAAGAAAACAUGGGGAUUCUUUACAAAUUGUUUACAAGUAAUCCAACAGAAGGUCAUGGAAGUGACUCUUGUUACAAAAUAUCAACUUUGCAAGAAUUUUCAGUAAAUAUAUCUACAACCUCGUUUGAGGAAUUUUAUGAGGGAAUUACCAAUAUUUUUAAUCUUCUUAACGGAAGAUAUUGCAGAGUUGUAAACAUUCACUGGAUCAAUCAAAAUGGUUUAAAUGAAAAGUCUUCAGAAGAAUUAUCCAAAGAGGAGUGUUGUUCCACCAGAGACACUAUAUACAAGUUUAUAUGUGGCAAUCCUUCGGUGACAGACUUUACUUUGUGCAUGAAUGAAGAAUUCCUUUCUUACAAGUCAACCUCAAAAUCACUUUACGAAAUUGACCAGUUCUUCACUGACGGACAAAGCAAGAUCAAAGUGCCAUUGAUACUCAAAGAGGCAAUCGAGAAAAAAGAGCUGAUUCUACAUUACCACAAGUACAAGAAGAGUUUGAUAUAAACUUUGCAAAUGAAAACUUAGUCCAAGAUGAAGGGGACCUUUAAGAUUGAGAAUAAAUAUUCAAUGAUGAAAA